AUGGCGCAUGAGCGAGCGCCUCACGCGCACCUCCCUCUCCGUCCGCCGCUCGCUCGCGGACCUCCUGGAGCUUCCGCGAUGCUUCCCCAAUGUGCGCCGACUCGAUCUGUCCCUAUGCCCCCCUGCGGGCAGCCGCUGCUCCUCGCGGGGCCCGCGCUGGAGGUAGCUACGACGCUCCGCGCGGCCUUUCCGCGGGUGACCUCCCUCCGCGUGCACGUGCGGGACCGGAACGACGUCCAGUGCGUGGCGGCCACGUGGCCGGGGCUGGAGCACGUGGCUUUGAUCCGCUGGCACGAGUUUUCUGCAGCGGAAGCAGCAGCGGCCGCAGGCGGCGCAGCAGCAGCAGGAGGGCAAGGAGCAAACAACACCACCGAAAUCCCUAAUCUGAAUGCGAACCCGCUGGGAACCCUAGAGCUGACCCCACUACUAGUGAUGUGCAGCCGAGUACAGAGCAUAGACCUGUCCGAAUUCACGUGCUUCCCUGACCACGUUACUGAUGCCUUCACUGCUGCUCCCCAAGCCGCCGCUGCCAUCGCUGCUGCUGCCGCUGCCGCCACCGCUGCCGCCGCUGCUGCUGCGUCUGCCACUGGAGCAGGAGGAGCAGGAGCAGCAGCAGCGGAACCCUCCUCCAAGCCCCCCCGCGCGCCUCUCCCCCGCCCCUCCGCGCCCAUCUCCGCCCUCCGCCACCUCAACCUCCUCAAGUCCUCCCCAGGCGCCUUUAAAGCGUCGGACAUCCGCACUAUUCUCUCUGCCGCCGGCCGAACCCUCCUCUCCUUCCGCUGCCUCGUCGAAUUCGACCCGCGCCUCUCCGAUUCCCUCUCCGACGAAACCCUAAUUGAGAUCGCCGAGCGCUGCCCGGUGCUCACGGCGCUGCAAUUGGUGGAUUCCUCGCUCUGGGCGGCGCCCUCGGGAUUGUCGCUGGCGCUGGGGGACCAUGAUGACGCGCUCCCGCCCGAUAUGGACGCGCGGGUCACGCCGGGCGGCAUUCGCUCGUUCCUAGCGCGGUUGCCGGGGUUGGAGGAGCUGGAUUUGCGGCCGGCGCAGUAUCUGAGAGGGGCAGAUGUGAGUCUGUUUGGCGGCGCUGCUGCUGCUUUUGCUGGUGGUACCUCUGGUGGUGGUGGUGGCGGUAUUGGUGGUGGGGGGAGGGGUGAGGUGACAGCAACGGUGAGUCUGGGGCAGCUGAGUCCAAACCUGAAGCGGCUGCGGCUGGGCCAGCUGGUUUUCGCCCACGAUGAUUCCCUGGCGCCAGUGCCUGCAUCUAGGGAAGGUACAUCUGGACAGGGAUCAUCCGGAAAAGCACCCUUCUCCUCAGCUGCAUCAUCCUCGUCAGCAGCACAAGCAGCCCCCACCAGCGUUUCCCCUCCCUCCACCAUCCUCCCUCGUGACCUGGAAGCUCUAGACUUUUGGCAAGCCCCCUCGCUGCCCCUGCGCUGCCUGCUCCCCCUCGCACUCUCCUGCCCGCGCCUCAAGGAGCUCAGCAUCUGGGGCUGCCCGGACCUGUCCCCGCCGAGCCUGGAGGCCGUGGCUCGGGUGUGCCGGCACUCGCUGGUCCGGGUGACUGUAGUGAAGUGCUGCAACCUGCCGACGGCAGCGGUGCUGAAGGCGCUUUCUCCCGUUAGAAGCACACUGCAGCACCUGCACUGCUCCUGCGACUGGCUCUGCCCAAACAGCAGCGUGCCACCCGUUUCCCCGGUUCAAAGCGGUGCAGAUGGUAAUGGUGACGGUGCUGGUGAUACUGCUGGUGGUGCUGCUGGUGAAGUUGCAGGGGAAGGCGGCGGCAUGUUGAAGCAGGUAGGGGGGAGGCGGCGAGUGGAAGGCAGGGCAGGGACUGAUGGUACAGAAGAGCUGCUGUGCGGCUCAGAAGCAGCGGAAAACCCUUCCACCGCGCCAGACUCCUCCGAAUGGCCUGCUCUGCAGUCCCUCACUCUCCUCGCUCCCCUGGGCACCCUCCUCUCUCAGCUCCCCUCCGCCGGCCUCCUCCACUGCCCCCUCCUCUCGCACGUCCACAUCCGAGUGCACGGUGACUGUCGUCUCGCAGCGGGUCCCGGGGCGACAGGGUUCGGCCUUUCCUGUCUGGCCGGCUACCCGGCGCUUCGCUUUCUUCGUCUCGAUUUGACGCAAGUGGUGGGGCAUUCGCUAAGCUGCCCGCCUGGGCUAGCAUUUGAUGUGAUGGCCUGGGAGAGGUUCUACCUGCAUGGCAUUCAGCUGCUGCCGGGGCUCGAAUCGCUGCAUUAUUGGCCGCCGUCGGACUGCGAUCUCAACCGUCGAUCCAUGUCGAUGCCGUCGGCUGGGAUCCUCGCGUCGUGCCAGUCGCUGCGCCACCUGGCCGUGCAUUGCACGACAGCCAAUGAGCAUCUGCUCAACGUGGUGGUGCGCGGGGCUAGAGGGAUGCGCGAUUUGCAUGUGUUGGGGGAUUGCUAUCCCGCUCCCCCGGAUGAUACCUAUGCUGGCAUGCUCAGGCCAGCAUCGUUCCAGAGGCUGAUAAAAAGCCUGGACGCAAGAGGGUACCCUGACUGA